AUGUCCGUGGGUUUACAUCUCACGGCGUAUAAUGGCAGGGAUGAUGGGCUAUUCCGGGCAGCCAUUAUGGACAGCGGUGGUCCUCUUUUUUCUUCUGCACAAAGCCGAUCUCUACAGCCACAAUACAACAAUAUCACACAACAGACUGGAUGCGCUGCUUCUGCCGAUACCCUUCCGUGCCUACGCAGCCUUCCCUUUGAGCAGCUCAACUCUGUCAUCAAUACAACCGGCUUGUCAGGUGCAUUCGGUCCUCGGAUUGACAACGACUUGAUCUACACUCAUUCAUCUAUACAACUUUCUGAGAACAGAUUCGUUCAUGUCCCCAUAAUCAUCGGUACCAACUCAGAUGAAGGGACGUCGUUCUCGCCUCGGCAAAUCAACACAACCGACGAUUUCAAAGAUGCUCUGAUCGCAUCGCGUAUUCCACCAAAUUUCGCUGAGCAGCUUUUGCGAGUAUAUCCCGAUAAUUCAAGUUCCAAUGUCCUCCAGAACCUACCUCCCGAGUAUCGGCCUGGUCCUCCUUUUGGUGCGCACUACAGACAGGUAGCAACAUACUUUGGCGAUUCGACAUUCAUCGCCGGUCGGCGACUGACGACUGAGACAUGGGCUACUGCUGGGUUACCAGCGUACUCAUAUCGGUUCAACGCCAUUCCUGCUGGAUAUACCCAAGAACAAGGUGCAACACAUUUCGUCGAAGUGGCAUUCGCUAUGCUAAGUCUUGACGGGAUUGGUUAUGCCCCUGUCCGGCUACCUCCAUUCCAGGGCAAGCCCAAAAGUUACAGAGAUCUUGCGAGGUUGAUGUGUGGUGACUUCGUGAGCUUCACAGCGACAAGAGAUCCAAAUUCGUGGAGAUCUGAGACCGCAAUUUAUGGUACCCCGGUUUGGCCGCCGUACGAUUUGGGUAAUCCGGUCAAUUUCGUGUAUGACGCCAAUGUAACAAGCUGCGUGGAAGCCGACACAUGGCGGGCCGAGGGUAUUUCUCUGAUCAAUGCCCACAAUUUAGAUGUAUAUGAUCGAUGA